AUGGUGACAUCUAUAGAGAUCGCCCAAGCCGACGACGCUAGAUACCUGGAGCAUGGUGAAAAACCAGAGGAAGACCACCAGGACAUGAUAUUCCACGGUAACUCAGACAGCAGUUCUGUCAUGGCCAACGCCUUCUCUUCACCAAUUGAAGCACAGUACAUACGGGUUUACCCUCAAGUCUGCAGGGGCCAUUGUAUGCUGCGCAUGGAGCUGAUGGGCUGCGAGCUCACAGGUUGUUCAGAGCCUCUGGGUCUAAAGGGGGGUGAGGUGCAGGACUCCCAGCUGACCUCGUCCUCUGUGUACCGGACCCUGGGCAUGGGUCUGCUGGCCUGGACCCCGAACAGAGCCAGACUGGACAACCAGGCCAAGGUCAACGCAUGGACCGCAGCCACCAAUGACCAAAACCAGUGGAUACAGGUAGACCUGUUGGUUCCUACUAAGGUAACAGGUGUAGUGACUCAGGGAGCUAAGGACUUUGGCCGUGUCCAGUUUGUGCGCUCCUACAAACUAGCCUACAGCAACGAUGGACUGAGGUGGACGACAUACCAGGACGAAACACAACACAAGGACAAGGUGUUCCAAGGGAACGUUGAAAAUGACACCCACAGGAAGAACUCCGUCCAGCCGCCCAUAUAUGGUCGUUUCCUCCGCCUCAUCCCCUGGUCCUGGUACAGACGCAUCACACUGAGGAUGGAGCUACUGGGCUGCACAGAGGACGACUGACCAUCUCUCUCUCUUCUCCCUCCGUCUCUUUCUCUCUCACCUUGCUCUCUCUUCUCCCUCCGUCUCUUUCUC